ACGCACCCACUGUGCGUUAUGCAAAAGUCUGUGCGGGAGCCCUAAAGUUUAAUCAAGGCUUGACGCGUCAAGGUUAUGUUAUGUUAUGUUGCUAUUGGAUGACACGUGGGGCUGGUGAUACGUAAACAGAAAUAUAAAAAGUGAAAUUGCGCGAUGGCCACUUGACAAUCUGUUCUUGCACUUAGUCAUUUGAUUGUACUCGAUGCAGAGUGCGAGAUUGCUUCGUGUUUCGAGAACAUUAACAGCACGAAACUCAUUCGUUCUUCUUUCGCAUAGUGCACAUGUUGGGCAAUUGGGCAUGUUGGACGCAACAAUGGCUCGCCAAAUCUUUAAAGGUCUUAACGAUCACUAUAAUGGUAUUACGAUCGACUCGGUUGAGGAGGCCUGCGACAAUAAAAUAUUCGCACAGCGUCUCAAAGAUUCUUUAGAACAAUGGACAAGGGACAGAAAACGCACUAUAUGGUUUCGCGUGCACAUUCCGCAUACCGAGUGGGUUCCGAUUUUAACGGGACAGGGAUUCAUCUUUCAUCAUGCGAAAGAAGAAUAUGUCAUGUUAUAUCGUUGGUUACCCACCGACGAGCAAUGUAAUGUUCCGAAAUAUGCGCACACAUUUUUAGGUGUUGGCGCAUUUGUAUUCAACAAAGAUACAAAUGAAAUUCUUGUUAUUAAAGAAAAAUACACUACAGGAAAUUGGUGGAAACUUCCAGGUGGCUACGUAGAACCAGGAGAAAAUAUUGAAGCAGCAGCUAAAAGAGAAGUUCUGGAAGAAACGGGAAUUCAGGCAGAAUUCAAAUGUUUGAUAUCUUUUAGACAUGGGCAUGAUUAUUUCUUCGGAUGCUCGGAUAUAUACAUGGUUGCGUACCUAACACCUCAGAAUUUUGAAAUUGAGAAAUGUAAACGAGAGAUUUUUGAUUGCAAAUGGAUGAAGUUAAAUGAAUUCAUGCAACAUCCUGAAGUACAUGCAAAUAAUAAAAUUUUAGCAACAAAAACAAUAGACUUUCUUCAACAUCAAAUGGGAAUGGUUGUAAAUUAUGGAGUACAUCCAAUCACUAAAAAAAAGAUAUGUGUGUAUAGUAUAGAGAAUACAGACAUUGGAAAUACAUCUGUAGAAUAAACUUUUAUCUGUAGAAUUUUUUUCUAGAAAAAAAGAUGUAUAUAUAGAAAUACUGAAAUACUAAAGAUUUUAACAAUAAUGCAAAAAA